AUGGAGAAACAACAUUUGCAGAAUAGAGGUACAAUUGAUGUUUUAAACAGCAAAAAUGAUAUAUAUUGCUCUUCUAAAGAUACAUAUAUAUUUUGUGAUGAGAAAUUAAAUCAUAUAAUGCAAGAUGAUACGAAAAUACCACUCGUUUUAGUCUCAUGUGGGUCUUUUUCUCCAAUUACAUAUCUUCAUUUACGUAUGUUUGAGAUUGCUUUGGACUUUGUUCGUGAAGAAACUGAUAUGGAAGUCCUUGGUGGUUAUUAUUCUCCAGUAGCAGAUGGAUAUAAAAAAGUUGGCUUAAUUGCUUCUCAUCAUCGUGUAAGAAUGUGUGAACUUGCGUGUAAAAAAACAAGCACAUGGUUGAUGGUUGACCCAUGGGAGGCUUUACAAGAACAACAUACUCGUACUGCGGUAGUUUUGGAUCAUUUUAAUUAUGAAAUAAAUGAAGUAAGAGGAGGUGUACUAACGAAAAAGGGGGAAAAGAAACAGGUAAAGAUUAUGUUGUUAGUAGGAAGUGAUAUGCUUCAAAGUAUGGUGACUCUUUCUGUUUGGAAAGAAGAAGAUUUACAUCAUAUCUUUGGACAUUACGGGUGCUUUGUUAUUGAACGAAUGGGAUUUGAUAUAUCAAAUGAGAUUAGUACACAUGCUAUUCUUUCUAUGUAUAAAAAUAAUAUUAUUCUUGCUAAACAAUGGAUUUAUAAUGAUAUAAGUUCAACAAAAAUAAGAUUUUGUAUUCAAAAUGGCCUAAGCACCAAAUAUUUAUUGCCAGAUCCUGUUAUUGAGUACAUAUGCAAAAAUAAGCUUUAUUUAACGUGA